GACGCUAACGCGAACGAUAUCGUGCCAGGACUGCCGGACCCGCCGGUGGACGUGCAGGUGGAGGCCGGGCCCCAGGACGGGACGCUGCUUGUCACCUGGCUCCCCGUGACCAUCACGAACAUGGGGACGUCGAACGGGGCGCCCGUGACGGGGUAUGCGGUCUACGCGGACGGGAAGAAGGUCUCGGACGUCGAUUCGCCCACCGGCGACCACGCCCUCAUCGACCUGACCAACAUCCCCGGCUUCAACCCGAAGCAGGUGACGGUGCGGACGAAAUCCCGGGACGGCCAGUCCGGGGAUUCCAUGCCGGGCAUCGUCCCCCAGGACGCGCGAAGGGCCAUCGCGAAGCUGGAAGAGUCUGAUUCGGGGGCAUCGGAUUCCGAAAUGGCGGAAGUCCUCAAACAGGCAUCGGAAACGGAUUCCGCCGAGAUCCGCAAAUACAUCCAGGGUUCGCUGGGUGACGGAACGGAGAGGUCGGAACUGUCAGACAUAGCGGAGGAACUGGAGGAGGACGAUCCCAAGGACUCCCCGACCCUGUGGGACGAGACUCAGAACGGAACGCUGAAUCUCUCUGGUGAUGCCGAACAGGGAGGAGAAUUCGUGACGGAGAGGCGAGGAGGCUUCAACGAGCUCGACCGGAGAAGAGAGCAGCAGCGGGGAAUGGGGACGGGGAUGGGGAUGGGGACGGGGAUGGGGAUGGGGAUGGGGACGGGGAUGGCCCGGGGAGGUGGGGGAGGCCAGAGGGGAUCCGCUUCCUACCCCAGGCAGGAUUCCCUGGGCGGACAGACUGUGAUAGAGACGGAGGAGAAUCUCAGCGACAAAGAGGUCUAUCCGCUUCAUUCUCAUCCGCAUCAGACUCACCCUCAGCACAUGAACAUCCCUCACAUCGAGAUCACGAAGGAUUCGGCAAGUGAAGGACGGGCAUCCGUGGAGAAUUUCAUGGACGACGAUUACGACGGAGGGGGCCGAUCGAGGGGAUACUAUCGAGGAGUCCGAAAUCCUCCCCCGAAUCCCCCACCCCCUCGGAGAGCCCCGAUGCGAGACGGGAAUCGGGACCGGGACGCUUACUACGAGCAACGAGGGGGGAACCAACGAUACCCGCUGGAUCAGUCUUCCAUGAACCGAUCCAUGGGGGGGCAGGGCGGGGGGAGGCCUGGGCCCAUGCAGGGGCAGGGGCCUUACGUCCGCCAGGGCCAACCCAGGCCCCAUAUGCAGGGUCAGGGUCAAGGUCAAGGCGGGGAGAGACCGAGGAUCUUCGUGGCCCUGUUCGAUUACGAUCCGCCGACGAUGUCCCCGAAUCCGGAUGCCUGUGAUGAAGAACUUCCCUUCCGUGAAGGACAGCUCAUCAGGAUCUAUGGUGACAAAGACGCAGAUGGAUUCUAUUGGGGAGAGGCCGGAGGUCAUUCCGGCUACGUCCCGUGCAACAUGGUCUCAGAGGUGCAGGUAGAGGACGAGCAGGUCGCACAAGAACUUCUCCGGGAGGGAGGAGCGCAGCAAACCCAUCACCCGCAGCAGCACCAGCAGCAGCAGCAGCAGCAGCAGCAGCAACAGGGACAGCAGCAGCAGCAGCAAGGAGGGCAGAGGCAAGGGCGAGGGAACACGGAUCGUUGGGGUGAUACCUACGCCAACACGCCCAUGAAGAAGAUGGUCGCUCUCUACGACUACGAUCCGCAAGAACUGUCUCCCAAUGUGGACUCCGAGGUGAAACACGAUUUACCAUCAUCCCAUUCUCGUCGACACGACGAGGUGAUGCACGGGCGUGUCUCAAACGGUGCGGAGCUCAGUUUCCAGACGGGUGAUGUCAUCUACGUGUACGGUGACAUGGACGAUGAUGGAUUCUACAUGGGAGAGCUGCGGGGAAUGAGGGGUCUGGUGCCAUCGAACUUCCUCACCGAGCCUGGUCCGGGGUCGACCCCGUCUGGGAUGCACCCAGGGGAUCUGGAUGCCCCACCUCGCUCAUAUAAACCUUCCUCCCACCAUUCCCAUUCCCAAUCCCGAGAUGUUGAUUCUCGACGACGGGGUGAGUCGUGAUUCGUGACGAAGUUUAUCCCUAUAUUAAAUGAAGACUCGCCAGGUGCAACGUGGAAAUAGCGAAAGUGGGAAGAUAGGGGAGAUAAAAAGAAGUUUAGGUGUACCUGGGGUGAACCUAGGGUAUACCUGGGGUGUACAUUGGGUGUACCUGGGGUGUACCUGCAGCGAAGUGCAUGCGAAUGCACGGUCAUGUCCCCCUCUCCUGCCUCAUGCCAAUCCCCCCUCCCUCCGCCCCCCCCCGUUUUUUAUGCAUGCAAUCUCAAUAUCACGAACUUCCCUGCCAUGUUUUGUUAUCGUUUGCUCUCCAGAGAGCCGCCAUUACAAAACAAUGGAUCCCUUGCAUAAAAAGGUGUGGAAUUACCCAGCACUCAUCUCCUAACCCUUGUGUCUUGAUCGCUGUUGGACUGAGAGAAUUGCAGGGAAGAGAGGGGGGAGGAGAAAAGCAUGUCGUCACCUGCUAUCUUCAGCCCAUCCCAUAUGCUGAGACCUCCCAUGAAUAUCUUGGAUGAUUCCAGUGACGUCAUUCAUAGCUUCCCCGAGUGAUCAUAACUUCUUAUUACACUAAAAAAAAACUUGCCUAAGAGGUUCAAAUAAACUUCCAAAUAUCAAACUAAAACAUGCAACUCCGUAGAUGGGCCGAUUCCAGCAUUUGCAUUCCACAAUUGUUGGACUUCUUUUGCCCCACCAAAAAAAAUCCAAGUAUUUUAUUCGUUGGAGCGUCAACGAAUGAAUUCAUUGCAAUGCCUCCUAAAAUAUGUUCGGUCUUCCAGCCUCUCAAUCAGACCUAUGAAUGAUACGUAGUUCCGUGAUGCAAUUAUUUCGGGAACUGCUUUGCUCAAUCAUAUGCUAGAGUAAUUGGGGUGAAUCAGCAAAGAGGCACUAAAAUCAAUAGAGGUAGACUUCAAAUCACCUCAGUUCGGGUGGAAUGAAACUGAACCGAAUCCACGAUGGACUCGAGAUUCGACUCUCUGUUCCCUGCUGUAUUCGAACCAAUUUCACCACUAGCCGGCGUGGAGCCUAUCCGCAAGCAUCAGUCCAGCAGGGGUCACGAUCACCGAAUUGUGAUGCACUGGAGGCGAUUGGGCAUCGAACGGGGCGGAAUCCCCCUUUUUGCUCAGGAAUGCAAUGCACCUGUUCUUCCAUCUCUGUGUGCCUAUAUAACCCUUGAUUUUGUGUGGCCAUGUGGGAUUUUGAUGUGUGGGUUGAGAACGAAUGACCACUAAUCGAUAUUGAUUUUUCCUCCUCCUCCUUUCUUCUUUUCUUAACCCUUUCCUCCUAACCCCCGCCUUUUUCUACUUCUUCCUUUUCUCCCGCCUUUUCUACUUUUCUCUGUUUCUCCGUCCUGCAGACUUCCGUAACCCUGGGGAAUUGCAUGGUAGAGGCAAUUAUUAUCCCGAGGUAAGUGGAACGAGCCUGCAUGCCCAUUCACUUACAGCCGAGUCCAUCUCGGUCGACACUAACCGAAUAAUAUGUGUAA